AUGUCUAUGUUUCGCAGACCGGGCGAUUCAUCAUCAUCAUCGAGCUCGGGGACAUCUGAUGAAGAAAGCGAGUAUGAAGAGGCGAGCGAAUCACAUCAGGAUAGCGUUCUGUCAAGAAUCCAGACUCUGGAUUCUGCUGUUUCGGGACGGCAGCCUCUUCAGCCCCACCGACCUCCUCUAGAACUGCGCCAAAACUCUGCGCAAAAUGUUCGCGACUUGCUGUUACACUCUCUACUGGAAGAGCGAACUAUCCGACAAGUUGCAGAGCAACUAGGAAAAGAUCCUUCCGAUCCGGAAGUCCAACGAUUGGGUAGAGCUGCCUAUAAAGAAAUUGCACGCCAGAUCUCCAACAAUGUGGACGAUGCGUAUGCAAGCGAUGAGAUGCAAGGCCAUCGAGCAACUGCGAAUCAGGGAAUUCAUCGAUUGACCCGAAGCAACCUUAGCAAACUUGCUGUAAUUCCUGAAGGAUCCUCACAGGCGCUCGUUGCACGCCCAGGGAUUGGAGUCCACACGCCUCUACCUCAACAGCCAUCUCUUGGCUUUGAUAUAAUGUCUGGUAUGUCAGCUCCGGUAGAGCUACAACUGCGAGGCUAUCCUCAUCUUCAAACGGACCGCUAUAUCCGAGAGUUUGCAGAACUUGAGAUUGUGGGAAAGGGCGGAUAUGGAAAAGUUUUCAAAGCCAAGCAUAAACUUGACGGCUCUUUUUAUGCUGUAAAGAGGAUACCAGUGAGCCCUUCCAAGGUUGCAAGGAUACAAGAGCAUGGGCCUGAAGAAUUGGAAAGCAUGCUUGAGGAAGUUCGUUCUCUGGCUCGGUUCGAUCACAACAAUAUCGUUCGAUACCACAACGCUUGGCUAGAAUUCACUACAGUAAACACAGAGACUGCGACUGUACCAGAAGUCACAGUGUUACGAGAGGAUCACCUUUUGGAUAAUCGACCCGCAUUUCCGUCCUUUUCACAUGGAUCUGGCGACCUGAACUCCAAGCUAGAAAGCAUGUCAGUUGAAGAUCCCUUCGCGAGAACCGAGAACAGCAACAGCGCCGGAAUCAUAUUCGAGUUCAGCGAGUCUGAACCACAAUUGAACGAAACAAAGAGCGAGACCAUCAUUUCGUCUUACAAAGAAACACUAAAGCAGACGAGACGCACAAAGCGUCGGGGCAGCCAAGCAAGUCAAACCACGAUCGCUACAGUAUCAUCGACGAAGUCCCGAAUGAGCGCAGUCGAGGACGUUGAUGAAGACGAGGAGGAUGACGUUGAAAACAUACCGAGGUCACACAUGCCGUAUUCGCCAGAGCCACUGUCAGAGAUGUCGGACAGUAUGAUAUCUAACAGCGAUGCGCCUCACCAUCUGAUUCAGAACCAGAGCCUCGGACCAGUCCUUACACUGAACGUGCAGAUGAGCCUUUGCGAGACCAACCUUGCCGCAUUCCUCUCAUCUGACCAUUCUCCCAAUACACAGGCAGUUGAACAGCAUUGUUUCCAUCCUUGCGUAUCGCUGGAGCUACUGGACAAUGUUGUCUCCGGAGUCGAGUAUCUGCAUGCACAGGGUGUAGUCCAUCGCGACCUCAAACCAGCAAACGUCUUCUUAUCGCUUUCAAGGGCGCGGUAUCCCCCAUAUGGCUCCGUCGACGUUGCAAGCUGCAAGUCUUGCCCAAAGCGUGACUGCUUGCACCUAACGCCACGCAUCGGAGACUUUGGGCUUGUGGCGGCAUUGAGCAACAGCUGCACUGCAUCGGAUACCUUCAAACCAGUGGGCACAGAAUUCUACCGUCCACACGCAAGUAGUGGCAUCAACGAGAAACUUGACGUUUUUGCACUUGGCGUAGUAGCAUUUGAGAUGGUACAGAAGUUCAGCACGCGUAUGGAGCGUAUAGCAGCUUUGGUGGAGCUUCGUCGCGGAGUCUUUCCAGGUGGCUUCGCGCAAGGCUUAGGCGAUGUGGGUGCCGAUGUGCAACAGUUGAUCAGCGAUAUGGUUCAAGGUGAUGAAGGAAAGCGUUUGGGUUGCGACGAAGUGCGAAGUGAGAUUAGGAAGCUAUUGCAUAUCCUCAAGGCGUGA